AUGAUCUUAGCAAACACCUUUUGCAUCUUCUUCUUUUUGGACGAGUCCCUGCGCUCCCUGGCCAGCCCCUCCUCCCUGCAGGGCUCAGAGCUCCACGGCUGGCGGCCCCCCGUGGACUGUGUCCGGGCAAAUGAGCUGUGUGCAGCUGAGUCCAACUGCAGCUCCAGGUACCGCACCCUGCGGCAGUGCCUGGCUGGCCGGGACCGGAACACCAUGCUCGCCAACAAGGAGUGCCAGGCGGCCCUGGAAGUGCUGCAGGAAAGUCCCUUGUACGAUUGUCGGUGCAAGCGGGGCAUGAAGAAGGAGCUACAGUGUUUACAGAUUUAUUGGAGCAUCCACUUGGGGCUUACAGAGGGAGAGGAAUUUUACGAAGCCUCGCCCUAUGAGCCCAUCACCUCUCGCCUCUCAGAUAUCUUCAGGCUUGCUUCAAUCUUCUCAGGGACAGGGGCAGAUCCGGCCAUGAGCGUCAAGAACAACCACUGCCUGGAUGCCGCCAAGGCCUGCAACCUGAAUGAGAACUGCAAGAGGCUGCGGUCAGCCUACAUCUCCACCUGCAACCGGGAGGUCUCGAACUUUGAACGCUGCAACCGUCGCAAGUGCCACAAGGCUCUGCGCCAGUUCUUCGACAGGGUGCCCAGUGAGUACACCUACCGCAUGCUCUUCUGCUCCUGCCGUGACCAGGCCUGUGCCGAGCGCCGCCGGCAGACCAUCCUCCCCGUCUGCUCCUAUGAGGACAAGGAGAAGCCCAACUGCUUGGAACUGCGGAACGUGUGCCGGACCGACCACCUGUGCCGAUCCCGGCUGGCAGACUUCCAUGCCAAUUGUCGUGUCUCUUACCAGACAAUGACCAGCUGCCCUUCAGACAACUACCAGGCAUGUCUGGGCUCCUAUGCAGGCAUGAUUGGGUUUGAUAUGACACCAAACUACGUGGACUCCAAUCCCACUAGCAUUGUGGUGUCUCCUUGGUGCAGUUGCCGGGGGAGUGGGAACAUGGAAGAAGAGUGUGAAAAAUUCCUGAAGGACUUCACAGAGAACCCAUGUCUCCGAAAUGCCAUCCAGGCUUUUGGCAAUGGCACAGAUGUGAAUGUGUCUCCCAAGAAUCCCCUGUUCCAUGCCACUCAGCCUCCAAGGAUGGAAAAGACCCCAUCUUUGCCAGAUGAUCUCAGUGACAGCACUAGUCUGGGGACUAGCGUCAUUACCACUUGUACAUCUAUCCAGGAGCAGGGACUGAAACUCAACAAGUCCAAAGAGCUGAGCAUGUGCUUCACAGAGCUUACCACGAACAUCAUUCCAGGAUCCAAUUUUGUGGGAUCUCCUGACUCAGUUGAUGGCCGGCCCAGACCUGUGAUCACCCUGACUGCAGUCACCUUCCUGUUGCUGACCCUGGCAUUAUAGGUGAUAGAGAGGAUCAUAUCUGAAGAUUUUUAAAAGCUACAAAACAUAGCAUACAUACAUGUGCAUACACACACACAUACAUAAAAGAACCUGCCUGACAAAGUGGAAACAGACAAGCGUACAGACAGACACACACCUACACACUUUCCUUGCAAAAAGAAAAAAAAAAUCACCUUUUCUCUGAACUCAUCUCCUCUCAGCUUUCUGCUCUGGAGAAUUUUUUUCUAAAGCAAACAGAUAAAGCAGGUGAUUGGCCCGAGAGCUGGCACUGGAUGCCCACUGGCAUGGGGAACCCAGUGCUGGGAGAGGGCAAUCAGUUCUCAAAAUGCCUCAGUGUUUUCUCGCUCCCUCCCUUUGUGGAAACAAGAGACAAAGGUGAAAUACUAUGAAGCACUUGACUCUGGAAGGACCCAAAGCUGUGACCAGAAGAGGCUGGUGGGAGAUGUGCUCCUGGUACAUUUCUACCUUUGGAACUUGACCAUGGGACCAAA